AUGGCAUUAACACGAGACUGGAUACUUCGACAAGGAAGAAAACAUUUAGUUGGUACUACACAAAUUAAAAAUGAUGAUCCAUCCAUCCCAGAACCAAGCUAUAACGCGAAAAAUUUUGAAAUACCAGUGCAUGUCAAUUUGACACAAGGAGAAAGGGAACCACCAGUAUUUUGUCCAAAAAGUGAUAAAGGUCCAGUUGAACCAAUUACACUUUCAAAACGAUUAACCACGUCAAGUCACAUAACAGUGUCAUUUCGUGGUUGGUCUGAUAAUGAAUCAUCGGUACUUGCAUCUGGAAUAGAAUCAUAUGCAAUAAGUGUGUUUGAAGUUAAAGAUGCUACUCCUGAAAUGUUAUUGAGGGAUAUAACUGCUGUUGCAGGUCCAUACAACUGUUCGAAAGACAUUACAGAAGUUGAUAUACAAUUACCAGAGAAAAAUCCAAUGUUAUACGCCGUUUUAUUGGAAGUGAAAGACAAAGCAAACAAUGUGGGAUAUGCUAGGCGAUUUGUACUGUACGACAAUUCCUCAUACAUAGUGAAGAAUGAUAACAUACCUUUCAGAGUCGUUUCAGCCUCAAACAAAUCACACUUCACGUGGCAGGUGCAACAUGGCAGUAUCUGUUAUUCAUGGAAAAAUCGAUUUUUAAACAACAGAUACAAAAAGUCAAAUCCACUUCGUCCAAUUAAGAGUGAAAACUCAAUAGAAGGCAUUUACGAUCAAAUGUCUGGUAUUUUACCUGUGACCGGUAUGAACAAUGUCAACGGUUUGAUUGAUUUUUUCUUUGCUUUAAUACGCAAUGCUGGAACUGAUGUAGGUUCUGGAAGAGUGAUGAAUUUUACGUCACAGUCCAUUUGUCUCAAUCCUAGUAUGAACGAUGGCGACACAUUUUUACUACGUCUCCAAGCCAGAGAUAUCAUGAACCAUACACUCAAUGAUAAUAUACAAGUUCAUAUCGACCGAUCUGUACCGGAAAUAGCUGAUAUAUGGUUAAUUCGAAAUGAAAAGAAACAGCUGUAUGUCCAUCAUAGUUCGGACUUAUCUACCAUUUAUUUUGAGUUUAAGGCAUUCGAUUUACAUAGUGGAAUUCGGGAAAUCAAAUGGGCGUUUGGUAUCUACGAAAACAACACAGUUUUGAUAGAAAAAGCAAUAGCUGUGGAAGAAACCACCAAUUCGAGUUCAUGCAACAGUACAACGACUUGUUACUGUCCGAUGAUUGGUGAGUGUACAUCGACAACGUAUGUUGCAGAACUGAAGAAGCUAAAAACAUUGAAACGACAUAACGGAAACCAUAACAGGAGAUAUUUCUUUACCGUGACAGCAACAAACAACGCAUUUCUUGUCGCUUACGAUCAUAUAGACAUAUUAGUUGACGAAUCUCCUCCAGAUGUAGGCGUGGUUUUGGAAGGUCCAAUCGGCAGUCCCGAUAUAGAUUAUACGAGUAUAAAUGAAGUCACUGUUCACUGGCACGGAUUAAUUGACCAUGAGAGUGGUAUUAAGUUUUAUAAAGUAGCCAUUAGUAGAGACUGCAUCUACAAUUUGAAAGACACGGUGAUCGGUAAUAUUAACGGUUCUAUUGUACUAGAAACUAAUCAUGAAUCUACAAAAAUGGUCUUUCCAGAUGGUCAGGGUAAAUACCAUGUGACUGUUAUAGCUUUUAAUAACGCAAUGAGUCCUUCAAAGAUUGCUUGUUCUGAUGGAAUAAUAUUCGAUGAAAGUGUUCCUGAAAUAGUAAACAUCACGUGGGACGUCCGUGAAGAUCAUAGUCAGAUUGCCCAUGCCUUUGUAGGUUUUGGAAGAGACAAAUCCUCAAUUGAUAGGCCAGAUUUAAUGGAUUACACUAAAACGCAUCAUCUAGAAAGCUAUAUCCAGCAUCAUCCAGGCUUUAUAGGGGAAAAACGAAUGUUCGUAUUCAUCAAAGUGCAAAACAGAGCUGGUCUAGACCAGAAGAUUUGGUUUGGACCACUAUUAGCCGAUGAAACACCACCAGUCUGUCAGGCAAUUCCAAAGCCCGUUAUUGAUAAUGAUUAUGUGAUUGCUAAGUGGGACAAGGGAAACUUUUAUGACACUGAACAAACAGAAGAAAUAGGAUCAGUAAUGUUUCGUGUGGAUUCGUUUCAAGGUUGUAGUGAUGGAUUCUUAGUGGAUGAUGACAUACUUAAGGGUGGCAAAGUUUCUAUAGUAUCAAGAAAUGGCUAUGUAGUUGAAGGCUCAUCAAUAAAUAUUCAGUGGUCAGGAUUUUAUGGAAAUUCAAAAGGAGCAGAUAUUGGAUAUCAAAAUUCGAUAGCAUUUUACCAAUACGCCAUAGGUACAAGUGUUGGUGGACAUGAUGUUCAACCCUUUACCACAACUGGUUUGACAGACUUUGUUGUAGUAACAAACUUGCAUUUACAAUCAGGACAAGUAUAUUAUGCUUCUGUACGAGUGAAGACCUGGACAUCAAAGUUUGUACAAGGAGUUAAAUAUUACUGCAUAAUGAAAGCCUGUAAUGGAGCAAGACUUUGUAGUCAUGGUUCAUCUAAUGGUGUAAUUAUUGACAACUCUGCUCCUAUACCUGGCUUAGUAGUGGUUGGGGAACCUGGAAUUCAUUCAAGGUACCAGUCUGAUAACUCAUCACUUCAUGCCACCUGGAUUGGAUUUGAAGACCCACAAUCAGGUAUCGACCAUUUUGAAGUAUACAUAGGUACUAGACCAUUGUUAUGCGAUAUUAUGAACCGCUGGAAUGUCUCUUUGUCGUCUGCAUUUGUAAAAAGUCAACUCGAACUUAGAAAUGAUGUACCUAUAUUUGAAGAUGAUCGAAGUCCUAUUGUAAGAACUACUAUCACGAUCAGUAGCAAAUUAGACUCCCAUAUACCAAUGUCGGACACUGUUAUAUCAAAUGAAAAUGUAUUUACUGUGAAAUUGGUAAAAGACAAUCAACUUCGUUUAGGAGACAUUUACGUUAUUAAGGUGACAGCUUGCAACGCUGCCUUACUUUGUAGCACUGCACAUAGCGAGGAAGUUCUGCUCGAUUAUUCCCCUCCUCAAAUCGGGGGAUUUAUGCCGCCUUUAAGUUGGGAAGUGAUUCAUGGGGCUUCUAACUUUAUAAGAUUUGAUCUAUCAUGGUAUGGAUUCAGUGAUGUAGAGUCCACAAUUAAAACUUAUUAUAUAUCAAUAGGCUAUGAUUACAAUGGUAAAGACAUCGUUGGUGCGUAUAAAGUUAAACCUGCGCAUCAAGAUGAGGGACGUAUGCAACAUACAACCAUACACAUAGAUACUACCAACAAUCUACCUGAAAAGAUAGUUUUUACUAUCUGGGCAGAAAAUUAUGCUGGCAUUUCAAGUUCUCAGAGCAAAAUAACAACUGAUGUAGUCAGUUUUAACCGAAAUUAUACCAAGGGAAAUCUCGUUAUACAGAAACAUUCUUGUGUGGCAGAAUAUUGCAAUAAAGACUGCACGUGUGCUGUAGUUGGACAAAAAUGUAAAACUGCUUCCAAACCAGAAUGUAAUAUCAAAACUGAUAACAAUGGUAAAAGUUCCGAUAGGGUAAGAAUAAUUGUGCCGAACACCGAUAUAGGUAUAGUUGGAUCGUCGUCAUGCCUAAGGUCUGAAUGGACAGAAAUCCUAAACGAAACAAUAUGGCGUUUUGAAUACACAUUUGGUAUACAGGACAGUGAGGCAGGAAAUGGUAUUUUCGUUGUACUGAAUGAAAACCCUUGGCAAGAUGUCGGAAAGGAGACGAAAGCCAUUCACUCUGAUGACAUAGUGCGCAUGCAUGAUGUUGGUCACAAGACAAGAGAAGACUGGACAGGCCUUUCUUUUGAACCUGGAACUAGAUAUUACACAACUGUUAGAGCCAUCAAUAAAAUUGGUCUACAAACUGAACUUAGCUCCGAUGGGUUUGUAAUUGAUGAUAUCGCACCCAUUGCUGGGAUAGUUUAUAAUACUGGUCAUCACAGUGAUAUCAUCUACCAGUCUAUUAAUCAAACAGUUCAGUUUUCCUGGCACGGGUUUGAGGACGAACAUUCGUUCAUUGAUUCAUAUUACGUAGGAUUUAUUGUUAAUGGCAAAGGUCCAAUGGCAAAUGAUUCAGUUAGUUUUCAAAAGUUAGAUAUUCACGACCACAUAGUGUACGAUGGGAAGCUCAACCACGGAGAUAAGAUUACAGCUACGGUAAAGGCUAUUGACAAGGCUGGCCAUGAAAGUCCUAUUGUGACGUCUCUUCCAUUAUCAAUAGACAAUACACCGCCUCAAUCGUUUGACUGUAACCGUUAUGAGGAAAUAUAUGAAAAACAGAUCACUGGCAAAAAUAGGUGGUUAGAUCGAAUAAAAUGCCAUAAAAACAGUGUUUAUAAGAUUAAAGUCUCUGUAACAGAUGUCACAUUUGGCUUUAAAGCUUUAUUGACAGUUGGUGAUAUGUCAAUGGUUCUACCUUUUGCACGUAAUUCAGAUGGUAGUUUGGUAACAGAGUACAACUUCUUUUCAUUCGAAACGGCAUUGAAACAUUUUUUCUUGGAUAUUUAUGGAGCUUUAAAAUCAACAGCAAUGUUAAUAAGCGUAUCAACAUGUUCCGCAGUAGAUACAGAAGCACAGGAUAAUGAUAUCGUUAUUGCACAACAAAUUUCAUCAGACAGAAUUUCCAUUUGUGUCCGAACGAUUGAUCUUGACAGUGGUAUUAAGCAAGUCAACAUAGGAAUAGGAAGCGUCAACGGUGGGUUCGAACUACAAACGAUGAAGUCAGCAAUGUCAUCAUCACAUCGUAUGCAUGACAUUGUAGAGGCAAACCUGACACAUGGUGAACGCAUUUAUGUAAAAGCUGUCGUCAUAAACCAUGCAGGAUUACAAACUGAAUUUACUUCAAGUCCAUUCAUUGUCGAUCAUUCUUCUCCCAUAAUUCAAAGUUUAGAGUCGUCACUUUUGUAUGUAGUUGAUGUCCAGAAUGACACAACCACCAGUGUACAUUCAAGAUGGCAAGUUAUUGACGACGAAAGUGAUGUUAAGUUUUGUGAAUAUUGUAUUGGAUUUUCCGAAUCAUCCUGCGACAUCAUUGGUUGGACAGCUACAUCAUCAAUAUCUUUAUCUCAGUCAAAAUAUUUUAGGGUCCAACAUGGAAGCAUAAUAUUCCUUAAACUUCGCUGUAUCAAUGGAGUUCAAUUAUCUGGAUAUGCAUAUACCGGGCCGUUAGUGAUCUCUUACAUUCCACCAGAAAACAUUGGUUCAAAAAUACAGUUUAUAACAGACACUGGAAUAAAUAACGUAACUGGAGACCAGGAGACA